AUGAAAUCGUUGCCAAGCAUAUUGGCCAAUCCACGUGUUUCCUAUACCGUAGGACAAAUAUUAAUAAUAUUUUACUAUGCUGCAAUAUAUGCUCAUAUUCUAAUUGCAAUUAAUCGUUUUGUUGUUAUAUGCAGACCCUUAUCCUAUACGAGGUAUUUUAGUAAAGAAAUGACAAUACGAUGGAUUGCUGUCGUUUGGAUUGUUGCCUUUUUGCAGAGUUGCAUGUAUCAGAUCGGUGGGUAUUUGAACAGUUUUUGUUUCUUUUAUUUUUGUAAUUCUUUUUUUUUUUAUUUUUUGCUUUAUUUUAAUUUUAGUUUGGUUUAUUUUGGAUUAUUAAAGUGUCUGACAACAAAUGCUGAUGUCUGCUUAAAUUGA